AUGUCCGUCGCCCGCCCGCAGCGCCAGGCCACCAUCGCCUUCCCCCGGCGGCGCGGUGCCCGCUGCGGUGCCGCUGCCCCGUCCAAGACCCCUCCGCCUAAGCCCGACUCCGCGGACCCCGCUGCCUGGCGCCUCUCGCCGGUGUCCCCGCGCCCCGCAGAGCCCAACCCCGUCACGCCGUCAGCCCGGAGCACGGCGCUGCCCCUGAGCCCCCGCAAACGCCUGGGCGAUGACAACCUGUGCAAUGUGCCCCACGCCACGCCCUGCUCCCCGGCCAAGCGCUGCAAGGAGAACCGCAGCUGCCGAGUGCUCUUUGGGGACCCCACGGCCUCCCCAGGAAAGCAGAACGCUGCAGGGCUGCCCGUGCUGCAGCGGGGGCAGGAAACGCCGCAGAGCUCGGGGCGCAGCGCAGGACCCACCCGCAGCCGCCUCUUCAGGCAGGAAGGCACGUGCUACCAGCAGGCGAAGCGUGCGCUGCAUGCGGCGCUGCCCGAGCGCCUGCACGGCCGUGAGCAGGAGGCGGCCGCCAUCCGGCAGUUCCUGCAGGAGCACGUGGCUGCACGCCGCCCCGGCAGCCUCUACAUUGCAGGAGCGCCCGGCACCGGGAAAACGGCGUGUGUGAGCUGCGUGCUGCGUGACUGCAAGGAUGAGCUGGCUGGCAGCCGCAGCGCGGUGCUGAACUGCAUGGCGCUGAGCAGCGCCCACGCCGUGUUCCCCGCGGUGGCAGAGCAGCUGGGGCUGCCCACGGCCGGGGCGGGCGGCAGGGAGCUGGCACGGCGGCUGGAGCGGGCGCUGACGGCCAAGGGACCCAUGCUGCUGCUGGUGCUGGAUGAGAUGGACCAGCUGGGCAGCAGGGCGCAGGAUGUGCUCUACACCAUCUUCGAGUGGCCGCGGCUGCCCGGCUCCCGCCUGGUCCUCAUCGGGUUGGCCAACGCUCUGGAUCUCACCGAGCGCCUGCUGGCGCGCCUGCACGCCCCCCCGCUGCCCGGCCCCCGCCUGCUGCGCUUCGCCCCAUACGGCCGUGAGCAGCUGGCGGCCAUCCUGCGCGGCCGCCUGGAGCAGCUGCAGGGCGGCCCCGUCCUCGAGCCCAGCGCCCUCCAGUUCUGCGCCCGGAAAGUGUCGGCUGUGUCCGGGGACGCGCGCAAAGCGCUCGAUGUCUGCAGGCGUGCCGUGGAGCUGGUGGAGCUGGACGUGCGGAGCCAAACCCUGCUGCAGCCGCUGCCUGGUGACCCCACAGCCGCGCCGAGCCCCGUCCCCAAGAGAGUGGGGCUCCCGCAGGUGUCCCGUGUCCUCUCAGAGGUGUUUGGGGACAGGAUGGCAGCAGGCAGCCCUGGUGCUGGCGAUGCAUUCCCGCUGCAGCAGAAGGUCCUCGUGUGCUCCCUGCUGCUGCUCACCCGGCACCUGCGCACACGCCAGGUCACGCUGGGCAAGCUCCACGACGCCUACAGCCGAGUGUGCCGGCAGCAGCAGCUCCCUGCAGUGGACCAGGCAGAGUGCCUGUCCCUGGUCACCCUGCUGGAGUCCCGCGGUGUGCUCGAGCUGAAGCGUGCCAAGGACACUCGCCUCACCAAGGUGUCCCUGAAGAUCGAAGAGGAGGAAGCACAGCACGCACUGCAGGACGCCACGCUGGUGGGCAGCAUCCUGGCACGAGGGCUGCUCUAAGCCCCCUCAGCCCCACGGCAGCGGUUUGGUGGCCCCAUGGGUGGGUGGUGGCACUGCAGAUGCUCGGCGCAGUUCCCACCCU